UUGUAGGCUCUACUGUGUACAGCAAACAGUCAUCAAUGCCAAUAACGUAUUCCUUACUCUUGUGUCUUCUUCUCUUGGUGUGUACCACCUCUGCCACUAGUCAUGGAGAAGGAGAGAGUAGCAGUAAUGGUUGUACAGUGUCUGAUACCAGCUACCUAAUAUCUGCUAUCAAUUCAACUGAAGGAUACAACCUCACUAGAGCAAUCAUCAACUGUCUAGAGUAUUCAGAUAAUAGGAGUACACUCUCUUUUGGAUCAAUAUCUUAUGAAACUAUGGCUGGUACUAAUGGACGAUACACUGUACAGUGUAACAGUGGAUUAUUAUUAUUAUCUGUCAGUGAUUUUUGGUUCAGCGAAGAGAGUUCUUCAUGUUAUGAAUGUGUGGAUGCUGAAGAUUCUUGUGUAUCAGGAACAGAUUGUCCACAGUAUUGUGAUCAUUGUUUAUCUGCUUCAGAGUGUUUGCACUGUACUUAUGCAAGAUAUAAAGGACUGUGUCUUCCUAAUACUAGCUGUCCUAAUAAUGGAGUCCCUAAUCCUAUGAAUGGGAAUGAAUGUGAAUGUACCCAAGAAUUCAGUGGUGAUAACUGUAGCGUUUGUGCAUUAACUGAAUGUGAGAUUGGAUACACUUUGAAUAAUCUUACCAACAGCUGCCAAUGUGUCGAAUCAUGUCCAUCAGGUAGCACAGAGUUGUGUCAAUCAGGUUGCAAAUUCCUUGUUGAUCCAAAUUCAACAGUACCACAAAGUGUCAUUGGAUCACCAGAUGAUGUAGGAGAAGGUGGAGGUCAUCAUAAGAGAGCAAGAGGAGGAGGAAACGACUCACAUGGUACCAGUGAUACUGAUACUGAUAGAGCAUUCUGUGUACAGAGAUGUUUAAAUGAUUGGGAACCUGAUAGUAAUGGUGUCUGUUAUGCCUGUGGUAUAAGUUAUUGUCUUGAAUGUAAUGCAAAUAACGACUGCACAAAAUGUCGAAGUGGUACACUACUCAAAACUGCAAGGCCUCAAAAUCAUUGUGUUGGAUUUUAUGCUCUUAUACGAGAAUUAAAUGAGGCACUACAAGAGGAAGAACAUCAUGAAGAAGAAAUUUUGAAACAGCAACAGUUGGAAUUAAUAGUGGCCCUUCCUAUUUUCUGCUUUUUUCUGAUAGCAAGCAUCAUAGUAGCAACUAUAUUAGCUCAUAAACGUUAUCCUCAUGUUGAAGAAGAAAAGCGUUACAAAGACCCAACAAAGAUAAUUGUAAUAAAUAGAAACACACUUGAGAGUGGCAAGCUUCAGUCUCAGUCAACUGUUAGACAGCGUUAAAAUGAAUUCUAUAAGAAUUCUAGUCCACAGGCUUAGUAUGUAUCUCUAUGAUUAUGUUUCUGUUUGUAUUUAGUGACAAUAGAG